GAACGUAUUUUGGCAGUUCGCCGCUCAGCCGUCGAGCUCCGCCGUCUACUUCAUCGAACGAUGGCGGGCGACGGCGAAGGUCGGCUCAGUUUGCAGUUCCCGCCGAAAGAGAGAGAGAGAGAGAGAGAGAGAAGAAUGUUGGAGGCGAAGAAUCUGGUGAAGGCGACGGUUCCUUCCACUCUCAUCCGCCACCCCUCUCCUGGAAAUCUCCAGUCUACCCGCCUCGCUCUCCACGCUAACCAGGAAGGAUCUUCAUGUUGGGUCUACAUUGCUUCCGGUUGCCGUAUCUUCAGAGUCCAGGUGCCCUUGGAGGGGGCUUUGGUCGGGAAAGGCAAAGAAAGCCUUCUUAUUCCAGCUCAUGCACAGGUUACAGACUCUAUGCUAGUCGACCGUUGCCCGCACCGAUCCGAAAUUCAGAGUAUAGUGCUGACUGAAUCUGACAGCGCUGGCUACUUAAUGCUGGGAAGUGUGGAUUCCUGUGGCCACCUCAUUGUAUCUAAGCUAGAUAGAGGUGGUAAAGAUGAUGGCAGGCUUGCAUACUCGGUAUUGCCUCAAGAUUGUGGAAUUGGAGAAGGUAGUUGGGCAGGACUUUGCUUCAGUCCAAAUCAAUGGUCUAUGGCUGCUGUAGCACGGAGCUUUAGCAAAAGCAUCGAUAUGUAUGAUCAGGAUAUGCAUCUUCGGACUCUGAGGACGCUGUGGUAUCCAUCUUCACUGAACUUCAUAGAGAAUAUGUCUAAUGGGAAUGGAAAUUUUAUAUUAGCUGUCGCUGAAGGUUGUCAGCUGAGUAUAUGGGAUUUGAGGAUGAAAGAAAAUGGUGGUUGCCUCCAUCGAAUCUGUGGCUCUCUUGGUGACAUCUUCUAUGCUGUCUGCAGUUCUUCUACUAGCAACAUAGCAGUUGGUGGUGCUGAUCGUACGGUGACUGUAUAUGAUCCUCGCAGAUGGGCAGCAUUAUCACGAUGGGUGCAUUGCUCAAAGUAUGAGAUCACUGGACUUGCAUUUUCAUCAAUAAACUCUGAUUAUAUCUAUGUACAAGGAAUGGAUUAUGAGGUCUUUUGUGGGCAGUGGACAAAGAGCGAGAAAGUAUUUACAUUUAGAGGAGACUCAAACUGGCUAGGGUUUAACAAGUGCCCCGGCAGAGACGUCUUAGGCGGCUGGUGCGACUCGGGUAGCAUCUUUGUUGCUGAUGUUGUGGGUUGAAGCUAUAGAGAAGCAGCAAGCCAGAGAGAAACUUCCCAGAUGGGUAUCCUUUUUCCCUUUCAUCUUAAAAGGAUGUAUCUACUUCCUUAAGUAGGCGAGAGAAAUCACAGGAAAAGAAGGGUUUUUGUUAGCAUAUCAGGGGGCUAUAUUAGCAGCUUAUGAUGCUUCCAGUCAAAGCCAUCCAGUCAAUGAGAAUCUGGUUCGUGAGAAUUUCAGCACUACUCUUUAUUCUCGUAACUUCAAUGGUCGGAAACCACUUAAUUUCAUCACCCUUUUGUUAUAUCCCUUGUUAAAGCUAAACAUAUAGCAAAGUUUUUGUUGAAGGAGGCAAUGUUAGAGCAUUUCUAUGUCA